ACCCCCCAAUGUUCAAAUGAAUUCCACGUUACCUACAGGCAAAUGAUACACCUCUAUAAUAGAAAAAGAUGAAGAGCGGAUCUUGAAACUAAAGAUUCCCUCACCCCCCAAAAUGCAGUCGUCGUCAUCAUCUUUUUUUUUUUUUCUCUCUCUCCCCCCAAAAAAAAGAUGACGACAAAAAAACUUUUUUUUUUUUUUUAUUCAUUAGGAAAGCUUUUUUUAUCUGUACAUAUUCCAUACACCGAUGCCAAAGAUUAGAACGACAAGAACAAAAAGAGCCCCUGAAGGGUUUGAUGAAAUCGAACCUACUUUAGAAGAAUUCGCAAAGAAAAUGAAAGAAGUGGAGAACGAAUCGCAUGAAGGAAAACGUAUUGUGGAAACAACAUGGCCAGUAUUCCGUAUUCAUCAUCAACGGUCUCGUUAUAUUUACGAUUUAUAUUAUAAAAGAAAGUUGAUCUCACGCGAUCUAUAUGAUUACUUGCUAAAGAAUAAAUAUGCCGAUGCCAACCUUAUUGCCAAGUGGAAAAAGUCUGGGUUUGAGAAAUUGUGUUGUCUUCGAUGUAUUCAACCUAAAGAUACAAAUUUUGGAACAACAUGUAUCUGCAGAGUGCCAAAAGAAAAGCUGGAAGAAGGAAAGAUGGUAGAAUGUGUUCACUGUGGAUGUAGAGGCUGUGCUAGUGGUGAUUAAUAAAUAAUAAUAAAAAUAAUAGAAAAAAAAAAAAAAAAAAAACCCACAUUUUGAUAUAAAAUGUUGUUGAAUAUGGAACAGAAAAAUAGAAGUUUUAGAAUUACUGAAUGCAGAUUACAGCUGAUCGGCUCAAGAAAUAGGACAAGAAUGUUCUCAAACUU